AUGCGUGGUGAUACAGAUAGAACCAGCGAAUCCCGAUCAUCGAGAAUAGAACCUGGAAAGACACAGUACAGGCUGAUUGAAUAUGUCGAAGACAUUGAAAGAUACAGUCCUGGGGGAUAUCAUCCUUUAAAAAUCGGAGACUACCUAAAUAAUGGCCGGUAUCGACUUGUUGAUAAACUUGGGUACGGCGGAUACUCAACGAUAUGGCUAGCCUGUGAUUUGCAGAGGGCCAGAUAUGUGGCGGUGAAGGUCAUCGCCGCUGAUGCCAGUCUGAAUGCGUCUGAGGCUAGUCUCCUAUGCUCUCUUGGAAACUCGCCGUCGAGACCGGGACGAGAAACUAUACCAUCUCUCAUCGAGCAAUUCUGGGCUAUCGGUCCUAAUGGAAAGCACAGAUGUCUUGUCACUCUGCCGGCACGAAUGAGUCUUUUUGACGCAAAGGAGGCUUCGUCUUUCGGUCUGUUCCAACCGAAGGUUGCGCAGUCGAUUACUGCCCAACUCAUCCGUGGAGUCGCUUUUCUUCACAGCGAAGAUAUUGUACACGGUGACCUUCAUCUAGGCAACAUUCUAGUCCAAUUCCCCGAAGCAAUCGAUCGUUUGCCACCGUCAGAAUUGUAUGAAAGAUUCGGAGAGCCCGAGCCAGAGGCUGUUGUUCGUAUUGAUGGAAAUACCUUGUCGGAGGGUGUACCGAACAAUGUAUACGUUCCCGGUUGGUUCGGCGCUUGUAGCGAUGAUCUUAUACUAGGGGAAGAGAAGAUCAUCAUUAGCGACUUCGGAGAAUCUUUCAAUCCGCACAAUACCCUCAGAUUAUCUUCAAAGACCCUCCCUAUCCUGCAACCGCCCGAGGCCAGGUUCUGUCAUAGGCCCCUCUCCUUUGCCUCAGAUAUCUGGACACUUGCCUGUACUGUCUGGGAGAUUUUUGGCCAGCGUCCUUUGUUUGAGGCUUUUUACCCUACCGCAGACCGUGUCACCGCAGAACAAGUCGAGGUCAUUGGUAUUUUACCCCUUGAGUGGUGGAACAAUUGGCACAGAAGGUUGGAAUGGUUCAACGAGGAGGGAGAGUUGAAUUUGAAACCGGACUCGUCUAGGGGUCAGGAUGGCCUGCGCCGGACCUGGGAAGACAGGUUUAACGACUGCAUACAGGAACCUCGCGCUGACGCGGGCCUAGAGACCGUGACAGAGGAAGAGAAGAGGGCUUUCGAGACAAUGCUUCGAUCGAUGCUAGUCUUUCAGCCGAGCGAAAGAGCGACAGCACAGCAGAUAUUACACUCCGAAUGGAUGAAAGGCUGGGGCCAACCAGCGCUUGAAGAGAGCAGGGCACAGUCGACCCUUUCAAAGUAA